UUUGUCUGACACAGGAAUUUCAAGAUGGCGUUCACCUUUCACCAGCGUUAGAUGUUUUAUUUAAGACUUGCUCACUGGAAUGUGCAGAUAGAAUGGAGGAAAUCUCAUGACAAAAUCAACACUUGGUUGCCAUAUUUGUAGAAUGGCCAUAUAGCUAAGGAUGGAUCAACCACCGUUUGAUCUCCAGGGUUAUAAUCCACCCAUUUCCUUGUGGCAGCUUGUUGAACAACAUGUUCCCAAACAUGAACAGGACGAAAUCAAAAACCUGCUGGGGGAAUCAAUGGUGGACCAAAGCCUGGAGCUGCACCAGGAGAUUGACUUAUUACUUGAAAUAUGGAGAGACUACAGAGAUGAGACAAAUGGUACUCAACGUGUGAAGCUUCCGGAGCCCCCAGGACUACGGGACAGACUUGUACAGGAAAUUAACUUCUUUGUGGAAAACAUCCGGGACAAGGCCAAAAACAAUGGAGUUAAUCCCGACAGGUUUAUUAAAGCCAAACACAACACAGAAAUCAUUGACUAUGCCAUGGAUACUGCCCGUUCAGGGUCCCGCUGUAGGUCCAGACCUGGGACUGCAAUGUCGAGGGAUGGGUCAGAAACACCAAUGAUUACCACACCUACAGGAAGUGACAGAAUUUCUGCAGCAUCUACACUGAGUGAAGAAAUAGAUUCAAUGAAUGAUAAACUGAACAUUUUACAUUUUGAUGAAGUUGUACAACAUUUAAGGUCCACCUUAGAGGAGGAGGUUAGUAUGUUGCUAAAGGACAUCAGGUUUCUCCAGGACUGUCUUGACGAUGAGGCAACCUAUAGGGCAGAGGUCAAGGGCACCUUCUCCCGGGAACCCACCAUAGCAGAUUUACAACAAGAGCGUUCCAAAAUGGAGAAAUCGUUGUUGGUUGAUGGAAUUCCAAAGAAACCUCCGCAAGUCAAGGCUCCAUUUGCACCACAAAGUGUUAGGAGGCCCCAGCCUAUAGCUCAGGAUGCAAGGUCUCUUGCUGUUGGUGUUACUGUACCUCGAGGUCAAGGGAGUCCCAACAGCCCCAAAGGAACUAGAACUGAUCAGUCACACCUUAUGACUAGAGAUGGAGUAUAUAGUGCUAUUAAGAAACCAGAGACUUCCCUAGGGAGCAGACAAGGACCAAUGAAAGCCUCACAUUCUAUAAGAAUGACCGACAGUGUUACAGAUAGAGGUGAUAAUAGUGCGCCUAAUGAAAAAAAUUACAGUUCAGAUUCUCGAGAAAGUUCUGCUAAAAGUGCUGGAGGUAGAGUGAAGUCGAGACAUAGAGAUUUGAGUCCUGCGCGAGCCAAACUCGUGUCAGUAGAUAUGGCCUCGGGUAACAUUACAGACUUGUCUCCCGAUGCAAAUAUGCUUCCAACACCACCUUCAUCAGCCAAAUCUCAGCGACCUACAUCUGCUCAAAAGUUUAGGAGGAUGAUCUUAGACUGUCGUGAAACAUCAGAUGUCGGGGAGGAGAAGCAGUCUCUCGUAAUAGAUGUGGAAGAAAUCAAAGAUGAAGACCGACUUCCAGUCUGGAGGAAAGUUUGCUUCGCUAUCGGCGGGGCACCAUACCAAAUGACCAACACUGUCAUCAAUUUUUUCCUCAGCAUCUUUCUCCUGGAGGUGGCAAAGAUCCCUCCGCUGUAUGUGUCCGUUAUUGUAUUCAGCGGGAAGGCGUGGGACGCCGUUACCGAUCCCAUGAUUGGAAUCUUGGUCAGUCGCACAAACACUAGAUUCGGCAAGCUUCGCCCAUGGAUACUGUUUUCUACUCCUUUUGGAUGUGCUGCCUACUUUUUUAUGUGGUAUGUUCCUGACUUCAGCGACGAGGGCAAACUGGCAUAUUAUUUUGUCUUCUACUGCUUAUUCCAAGGAUUUUUGACGUGCCUCCACGUGCCAUACACGUCCCUUACCAUGUACAUCACUGGCAGUCAGAAGGAGAGAGACUCUGCUACGGCUUACAGAAUGGUUUCUGAGGCCAUUGGUGUGCUACUUGCGUCUCUAGUGCAGGGACAGCUUAUUAACGAAUACCGAAUAGCAGGUGAUUGUAAGGACGACAAGGCAACUGCAUCACCAACGCAACUCGAGAACCAGAAAUUGUCCUACAUAUAUGGGUCCGCCGUAAUGAUAGGGAUAUAUCUGGUUUGCUCAAUAACAACGUUUUUUGGGACGCGUGAAAAACAAGGUAUAGCCACGGAUGACAGUGAGAGCUUCUGUACCGGACUGAAACUGGUACUAGGCUGUAAAUCCUAUGUCUGCCUGUCCUUCGCCUUCCUUUUCAUUUCUUUAGCUAUAGCAGUAGUACAAGGGAACCUCGCCCUGUUUACUACUCAUACCCUUAACUUGGGGGACUAUUUCACCACGUUUAUGGUCAUCCUCCUGGCAACUUCUAUUUGUUCUAUUCCUAUAUGGCAGAAAAUAUUAGUAAGAUUUGGUAAGAAAUCAACAUAUGCAGCUGGUAUAAUUCUGUUUAUCCCGACAUUACUGUCCCAGCUGUAUAUCACUGACAAUAUUUACGUAUAUUAUGCAAUACUGGUACUGGCAGGCUUCAGCGUCGCAGUCUCACUAUUAUUACCGUGGUCGAUGUUGCCUGAUGUCCUGGACGAAUUUAUGUUGAAGACAGGGCAACGAAAAGACGCCAUUUUUUAUUCUUUUUACGUAUUUUUCAAUAAAUUAGCUGCUGGUUUAGCCUUAGGAAUUUCUCAAGUUGUUUUAGAGAUAGGCGGUUACCAAACAGGUGAAUGUCGCCAGCCGUCGUCCGUAGGCCUCGCGCUACGCUUACUCAUCGUUCCUGGCCCCGUCAUUUUCUGUCUCAUUGCUCUCAUCUUCCUCUGGAUGUAUCCCAUCGACGAGGACAGGCGUAAACAGAUCCGCAGCUUGAUAGCAGAAAAGAAGAAAAAACCAGCCGGGCCACAGAAGAAACAACAGUCACCACCUCCCCCGGAUGAAGCGUUUCUAACCAGCGCCAGUUACAAUACCAUUGAUGAAUUCAGUACUGAAUGCUAAGCGAUGUUUGACAACAAUUUGUGACAAUGGCUGAUACAUUACCGCCAAUGGAUCAAUUACUAACUAAAUGUGAACCGAAAAAGAAUUACCAAUGAGCAUUGCUGACCUGGCCCACCUUAUGGUACUGAAUGCAUAAUACCAAACAGCAAGAUGUGCCUUACGCUGAUACGAUAUCGCUAAUUAUAUCAGUGCUGAAUGUGUAUCGACAUGCAUUAACCAGUGAUGCUACCGCUGUUUAUUAUCGAAGAACGGUUAAAUAUUUAAAAAAAAUGGUGCAAUAUCACUGAUUAAUCAUAUCAUUAAGCAAAAGUCACUAUUGCUGUUGUGAUUUAAUUGACGAAAAUCGUCAUUAAACAAGUAACUGGUGUUGUUUCGAUAAAAUUCAUGAAAAUAAUUGUAUAACAAGAGGUAACUACAGCCGUUGUGAUAUAAUUGAAGAAAAGUGUAAUGUUGCAAAAGGUUACUUCUAAUGAUCCGCCACACUUUAACAAAAGUGUGAUAAAACAAUAAGUUACCACUGCUGUUGCGAAAUAACUGAUUAACAUAAAAAAACACACAAAAAAACACCAAUACAAAGAAUAAUUAAUGAACAACGUCUUAAAACAAUAACUAACGACAGCUAUAAUGAUAUAGCUGAUAAACACUAUGACAAACUGUUACUGCUGUCACGAUGGUUUUCACAACCAGUUACUGCUGCUGUUACAAAAUUGAUAAAGGUCAACAUGUGAUAUUUCAAAAGUAAGAAUAUUACAUUAUUUUUGCCUAUUACACAACUCAAUUUUCCCACGUAAAGGCAUGACAUUUCAGGAGCGUUUACGUGAUGAUCGAUAACUGAAUUAACAUAUUUUUCUGUCAUGAAUAAGUGAUUUGGAUUGGGGCUGGCAUUCUGACAAAGACAUUUCAAAUAAAAUAAUGUAUAGCAUGGUUUAUUUCUUUUAAUAUAUGAAGUUCAUCAUAUUUUCUUUUGUUUGCAUUCUGACUCAAGAGGAUAUUUUGUGUAAUAUAUUUACAUAAGGCACUUUGGAGCCUUUCCUGGGAUCACGUUGUUAGACAAAUAUUAAACACAAAUCUGUGUGAUGCUAAUAUUUGUUGAACAUAUAUUUGUUUU